AUGGACAACGGAUCCAAGGGCUCUAAGCCAGUCAUAUUUAUUGGGGCCGCAGACAAGAUAUGCGGGGAAGCCAUCAAGCUUGUUGUGAAAGCAACGGACAUACCCAUCGUCCUUGCAGAUUCCGACGAAGCAGCUUUGCGCGAGUUUGCUGCCCAGUUACCCAGAACUGUGACUACGAGAAAAGUAGACCUUUUCAACCCCGAAGAGCUACGAAGGGCUAUCUCCGAUGCCGUGCUUGUUGUUCAAGGUGCGCAGCCAUACCAUCGCACUUCGUCACCCGUGAUAGAAGCGUGCAUCCAUGUUAAGGUGCCAUACCUGGACUACUCCGAUGAUGUCAAAAGUACGCAGGAGUCGCUUGCCUUGCAUGAUCGAGCUAAGAAAGAGGGUGUUCCUUGUUACAUCAACUGUGGCUUAUCACCUGGUAUGAGUAACCUAAUGGCUGUCGACGUCAGCAAGGAAUUCGAUACUAUUGACAGUCUUGAUAUCUGCUGGCUUGUUAGCGAAGAAGCCGGGGGAUUGGGUCGAGAGGUUCUGGAGCACCUUAUGCAUAUUACUGGUGGACCGUGUUUGACUUGGGCCGACGGCAAGGGAGUAGUUCAUGAGAACUGGGUCGAGAAAAACCGACUCCCUAUUCACGCUGGGGGUGAUGACCUUGUUUAUGAAAGCGCUCAUCCAGAACCGGUUACGUUGCCUCGUCGACUCCCUAACGUUAAUCGAAUUCGGAAUGGCGGCGCGUUUAACCCAGCACCAUUCAACGGCUUUGCGCGAGGUCUCGGUGCUGCUGUCAACUCGGGUGCCUUGUCUAUGGAUGAAGCAAUCGACUUCCUCCUCAGCUUGCAAAAGCCGUCGUCUGCUAGCUGGACUGAAACCCUGGGCGCGAUCACCGCUCAGUUCCGUGGUGGCGAUAUCACGCUCAACCAGUUGUACCAGCUAGCUUCCCAUGGCCUUUCGUCCCUAAAACCUUGGAAUUUUGCUAUCUGGGGCAUGCUUGAGCAGGUCCGUAAUGGUGAAUGCACUGCGAAGGAGGUCUUUUGCUAUCUAGUCAAUUCUGCUAGAGGCAUAAAGGCACCUCAGCGCUCUGGUAUGAUGGUUCGAGGUGUUGGCACCAAAAAUGGACACCCUGCUGUGGUCGUCAAGCGCGUCCCUAACAUUGGGCCAGAGUCACUUUUGGGAGGAAAAAUGUCAACUGGAAUUGGAGCAGCAUGUGCAGCUUUUGUCCUCCUAGUCCUAGACCAAGGCUCGCAGAAAAGACCUGGUGUCUAUUGUCCAGAGGACUGGGCCGAUGCGGAGGCUUUCUAUAAGUGUCUGGAGCGUAUCGGCUGUGAGCGGAACCAUAUUGUCGAGUCCGCGUAG